UCUUUUUACAAUUUUGGCAAGGAUAAACUAGAAAAGGCCAUGCGCUGAGCUCAAAGGGGUUGUGCUCUAUCUCCUCCCAUGGAGUCUCUUCACUCUAUAAAUCGCCUGAACCCAUCUUUGCCCAGAACCCUUUUCAUCCCCUGCAAUGCCCAGAUUCACAGUCUCUGCAACAGAAACAGAGCCCUCCACUUCAGGGUUUCUUGUAAGCUGAAAUCCUCCCUGGAUGCCAGGAAGAAUGCGAAGCUUGUGUCUCAGAAGAUUCUGCUCUCUGAGAAGGUGCCGCCACCACUGGCCGAGGAAAAGGGUGACCUUGCGGGUGAUGGCGGGGAAGAAGCAGGAAAGUCGGGAAGAGGCGGUGGUGUAGGAUUAGUUAAGAGGUUUUCCAGAAGGGUUUUGGCUGUUCUAUCUAACUUGCCUCUGGCAAUUGGAGAAAUGGCCACGGUCGCUGCUCUCAUGGCUCUUGGAACUGUGAUUGAUCAAGGCGAGGCUCCAGGAUUUUAUUUCCAGAAAUACCCAGAAGAAAAUCCCGUAUUAGGAUUCUUCACGUGGAGAUGGGUUCUUACCCUUGGGUUCGACCACAUGUUCUCAUCUCCAAUUUUCCUAGGAAUGCUGGCUCUUCUUGCCGCUUCUCUCAUGGCCUGCACUUACACCACUCAGAUCCCCAUCGUUAAAGUCGCGAGAAGAUGGAAAUUUAUGAGUUCUCCAGAGGCCAUUCGCAAGCAGGAAUACUCGGACACUCUUCCCAGGGCAUCAAUUGAAGAUUUGGGCGUCAUUUUGAUGGGUGCAGGAUAUGAGGUGUUCCUCAAAGGGCCAUCUUUAUAUGCUUUUAAGGGUUUAGCUGGUCGAUUUGCCCCCAUUGGAGUACAUUUGGCGAUGCUUCUGAUAAUGGUGGGCGGUACUGUUAGCGCUGCAGGAAGCUUUAGAGGCUCUGUAACAGUUCCACAAGGGUUGAACUUUGUCAUUGGUGAUGUGCUGGGUCCCAGUGGUUUUCUUUCAACUCCAACUGAAGCUUUUAAUACUGAAGUACAUGUCAACAGAUUCUACAUGGACUAUUACGAUAGUGGAGAGGUUUCGCAAUUUCACACUGAUCUUUCGCUGCUAGACCUCAGUGGAAAGGAGGUGAUGAGAAAGACAAUCAGUGUGAAUGAUCCUUUAAGAUACGGCGGGAUUACCAUAUACCAGACAGAUUGGAGCUUUUCCACCCUGCAAAUACUCAAGGAUGAUGAAGGACCUUUCAAUUUGCCCAUGGCACCUCUACAGAUCAAUGGGGACAAGAAACUUUUUGGGACCUUCUUACCCACUGGAGAUGACGAUUCCCCCAAGGUCAAGGGAAUAUCUAUGCUUGCCCGGGAUCUCCAAUCGAUUGUUCUGUAUGACCAAGAUGGGAAGUUCACGGGAGUAAGACGGCCUAACUCUAAGCUUCCCAUUGACAUUGGUGGCACAAAAGUUGUCAUUGUAGAUGCCAUAGGCAGUUCCGGUCUCGACUUGAAGACUGAUCCAGGAGUGCCUGUCGUGUAUGCUGGGUUUGGAGCUCUGAUGCUCACAACUUGCAUCAGCUAUUUAUCUCAUGCUCAAAUAUGGGCGAUGCAAGAUGGAACUGCAGUGGUUGUCGGGGGAAAGACGAACCGAGCAAAAGCCGAGUUCCCUGAGGAGAUGAACCGGUUGCUCGAUCGAGUUCCCGAAAUAGUUGAAUCCCCUUCCAAGAAUCCCGAAGGUGUAGGCAGUUGAUUUCCGAGGCACAAACGUAUGGAUCCUAACUUCCAUUCAAUUGUGUCCGGGUAGGUGGACGAAGUUCUGCCUGCUCCAUUUGAUUGAGGCGGAGCCAAUUGCAUGACUCAGGGAAACAGUUGGAUCGAUUCUUUCUUCGAUUCAAUUGAUAUUGUUCUCGUCAAGUUCGUCUCCUGAAAUUUGCAAAGGGAGAGCCUCUAUCUCAGACGCAUUGAGGACGUCCCUGAAUAGCCUCUCCUUUUUCUUUUUUAUUUUGGUGGCACACUAAAAGUACAGUUGGGAGAUUCACUUAAAUGUAUACUAGCAAUUAUAAAAUUGAAAAUCGAUGAAGGCAAAUGGGAUGUUCUUCUCCCUUUCCCUGCC